AUUGAAGAAUAUGAGCAACGUCGCUGGGGAUUCCAGCGAAAACGGCGGUUCCUCCGCCGGUAAUACCGCUCCGCCUCCGUCUGAUCGCCCCGUCCGCGUCUACGCCGAUGGGAUCUAUGAUCUUUUCCACUUCGGUCACGCUCGAUCUAUCGAACAAGCCAAGAAAUCGUCAAUAUCUCUCUCUCUCUCUCUGUUUCUCCUUGUAGAAAAAUUUCCCCAAUUUCCGUCUCUGGUGUUCGAUUUGUUCAUGUUUCCAAAUACUUACCUUCUUGUUGGAUGUUGCAAUGAUGAGACCACCCACAAGUACAAGGGCAAGACUGUAAUGAACGAAAAGGAACGAUAUGAAUCUCUUCGGCAUUGCAAGUGGGUGGACGAAGUUAUCCCUGAUGCGCCUUGGGUAAUUAAUCAAGAGUUUCUUGACAAGCAUCAGAUCGACUACGUGGCCCAUGAUUCUCUUCCGUAUGCUGAUGUCAGUGGAGCUGGCAAGGAUGUCUAUGAAUUCGUUAAGAAAGUUGGGAAGUUUAAGGAAACAAAGCGAACUGAAGGGAUAUCUACUUCAGAUAUAAUAAUGAGAAUAGUGAAAGACUACAACCAGUAUGUCAUGCGGAAUCUUGAUCGGGGGUAUUCGAGGGAAGAUCUUGGGGUUAGCUAUGUGAAGGAAAAGAGGCUGAGGGUCAAUAUGAGGCUGAAGAGGCUUCAAGAGAAGGUCAAAGAACAUCAAGAAAAAGUAGGAGAAAAGAUACAAACUGUUAAAAUGCUGAGAAACGAGUGGGUGGAGAACGCAGAUCGAUGGGUAGCUGGGUUUCUUGAAAUGUUUGAAGAGGGUUGUCACAAGAUGGGAACGGCCAUCAGAGACCACAUCCAAGAGAGGCUGAGGAGGCAACAAUCAAAAGACUUGCUUGAGAAUGGCAAAACUGACGAAGAGUGCUACGAAGAGUACUUCGACCAUGACAUUGAUUCCGACGAAGAAGAAGAAGAAGAAGAAGAAGAAUACUAUGAUGAGGAGGAGAGGGAAGAGAAGGGUGGCGAAGAAAAUAAGUAGAGAAAGGAAAAUUCCGGCCAUCACACAACUUAAAGGGAGGUUAGUCACUUUGUUUAUACUAAGAUAUCUAAAGGGAACGGGAAAGUGAUGAUGCGUGCUUGUGUGUGUUUUCAAUUAUACUUGUCGUAGAGGUUAUGAGCACGUGUCGUUUAAGGUGGAUUAGGUUAGGUUAGUCUGUGGUUGCGAUCUUAUGGUUAAAAAUAUCUUAAUUACCAGAAUUGAAAUUCAUUCAUU